CGCCGGCGCUAGGACCCGGCGGGCCCGGGGCUGCAGUGGGGCCUGGGCGGCCGGAGCAGCUCGGACCCCAGCUCUCGGCCCCCGGCGCCAUGUGAGGGGCUUCGGGGGCCGCGGGGGGCCGGGCGCUCCCCGGCGGAGAUGAAGAAACUGAGGCUCAGAGAGGGCACAUGGCUUGCUCGAGGCCCCCCAGCCAGUAAGUGUGGACCCGACAUUCGCACUGGCACCUGACAUGCUGUCCUGACAUGGCCUUCUCAGAGCAGGACUGUGACGGGGCUGACCUGGGGGACCGUGCUCGGGCAAAGGUGUGACCCCACUUCCCUGCCCCCUGGGCCACCUGCAGGACCUUGGCCCCUACCCCUCAGCAGACGCCGGAGAGACAUGAGUAGCAACAAAGAGCAGCGGUCAGCAGUGUUCGUGAUCCUCUUUGCCCUCAUUACCAUCCUCAUCCUCUACAGCUCCAACAGUGCCAAUGAGGUCUUCCACUAUGGCUCCCUGCGGGGCCGCACGCGACGGCCCAUCAACCUCAAGCAGUGGAGCUUCACCAACGGCUACGUCCCCAUUCUUGGCAACAAGACGCUGCCCUCCCGGUGUAACCAGUGUGUGAUCGUCACCAGCUCCAGCCACCUGCUGGGCACCAAACUGGGCCCCGAGAUUGAGCAGGCUGAGUGCACCAUCCGCAUGAAUGAUGCGCCCACCACCGGCUACUGGGGCGACGUUGGUAACAAAACUACCUUCAGGGUAGUGGCCCAUUCCAGUGUGUUCCGUGUGCUGCGGAGGCCCCAGGAAUUUGUCAACCGGACCCCCGAGACUGUGUUCAUCUUCUGGGGUCCCCCGAGCAAGAUGCAGAAGCCCCAGGGCAGCCUGAUGCGCGUCAUUCAACGGGCAGGCCUCGUCUUCCCCAAUAUGGAGGCCUAUGCUGUCUCUCCCGCACGCAUGCAGCAAUUUGACGACCUCUUCCGGGGUGAGACAGGAAAGGACAGGGAAAAGUCCCACUCAUGGUUGAGCACAGGCUGGUUUACCAUGGUGAUUGCAGUGGAGUUGUGUGACCACGUGCACGUCUAUGGCAUGGUCCCUCCUGACUAUUGCAGCCAGCGGCCCCGCCUGCAGCGCAUGCCAUACCACUACUAUGAGCCCAAGGGACCAGAUGAGUGUGUCACCUACAUCCAGAAUGAGCACAGCCGCAAGGGCAACCAUCACCGCUUCAUCACUGAGAAGAGAGUCUUCUCGUCUUGGGCCCAGAUCUACGGUAUCACCUUCUCCCACCCCUCCUGGACCUAGCCACCCUGUCCGUGGAACUUCGGAGGGACACAGGCGAAGUGGCUCUGGGCUCAACCACUCUACCAUGGCCAUCUUCCAACCAAUCUAGGCUGGCUGGAAUGCGUCCUAGCCAAUCAGGGCCUUGAUGAGGUUUCUGUCCUCCAGCCUCACAGCUGGGGGUAUCUCUUGGCCAAUCAGGGAUUUGGGAUGCUUUGUGGUUAAUCGAUGUCAAGGGGUCUUUCUUGUCUAGUCAGGGUCUGAGCAUAGUCAAUCAGGGUAUGGGGUCUUUCUGAGUCAAUCUAAGGCUUAAGACAUGUCCUUUCCUGUGAGGCCUUGGUCCAGAGCCCCAGGAAUGGGCCCCAAAUCACUUCCUCCUUAGCUGGGACAAUGGGGUCCUGUCCCAAAGAGCUGCGGGCUUGGGUGUUUCUCCUCAGUUGCCAGCAUCAGAGACGGUAUAUGGGGUAGGAGCUUUCAGGAGACCAGGCCAGAGAACGUGCCAGGUUACAAAAGUGAUGGUGAGGCCCAGGAGGUAGGAGGCGGGUGUCCAGGUCUUGGCUUUUUCUGAGUGACUUUGGACAGGCCUUUCCCUCUUCUUGGCACCCUCUGAUGAUGUCAGGUUCCUGUGUGCAGAGACCCUCACUCUCCAGUGUACCUAAGUCUAGAUCCCCCAGCUACCAUCCCUUGCUGGGGGACUCAGCUCCCUGGGGAAGGGGUGCCAUGAGGUGCCCUUCCCCACCCUCUAGAAAACAUUAGGGUAUUUUUUGUGCAAAUGUCCCCACGGUUGGGGAACUGACAGAAAUGGAACAAACCUUAAGCUUUUUUCUUAGCCCCUCAGCCCAGCUGCCAUUAGCCUGGCUCUUAAAAGACCAGGCUUCUCUUCCUACCCUCCAGCAGGAGAGGGCUCCCAGGAGCCUUCAGGGCGGAGAAAGAGGGAUCCCAGAUCUCAGGCAGUCUUUGUUUGGAGAUGCUGAGGACUUUGGAGAGGGGUGUCUUCCCCAAGUCUGACUGGGAUGGGUUUAGAGAGACAGAAGCUGGAGUCACCUGGGUUCUGUCUUUCGCUCAGGCACUUUAUUAAAGCUGGGACUGGGUGAGGUAUGUCUGUCCCCCCCCCAUUCUUCCGCAGCCUGUAAGGGAAGGGCUUCUGGGAGGAGGCUGUGGAGUGGGAGGGACCAGCCUGCUGCAAGCCAUUGCACACUGAGGUAAUGGGGGGCAGUGACAGUCCCAGAUCUGGUUUUGUAAUGAUUUAUACAGGAAUAAACACACCUAAGCCCCUC